GUUUGGCCUGAACCCUAAGUCUUGUGAAUGAAAAGAUGCCCGCAGUCAAGAUGGUUUGUCCGCAUGCUAUGUCUUCGUCACCAACAUACAACCACCAGGAUGAACCCUUUGUGCUGCGACAAAUUGGGGACCACUUGCCGCCGCAGAGCACACCUACACACGUUGAACAGUCGCACCUCCCCAAAGCCACUUCUGCUGGCGUGGCUGCGCCCUCCUCCCUCACCGAGCACAAUCAAGAAUUUGAAUCUGCAGUGCGCCGCGUCCGAGCAUCCAUACCCUCAUGUUUUGUCGAGCCAUACUCCUGGGUACGCUUCAAAUUGAGCGUGUCUGCCUACCGUCGACUCGAGAAAUUCUUCUCGGACAGCAGAUCUUUCAAUGCCUUAGAGACAUUCUAUUCCUUCUAUGAACAAGAAUUCGCAAUGGGUUGCGAAACAACUCUACAUGCGGUAUUCGGCCCGAUGAUUACGCUUGAUAUACUUGACCAGCUACGUGCUUCUCAACAUCCAUUUGUUCAAGAAUUCGUCAAGGAGAUUAUACUUUCCGCCACUGCACCAACCAAGAUAUCCUUAGACAACACCGCCGAACAGGACGCCAAAAAGAAUACUGAACAGGAUGUCCAAAAGAAUACUGAACAGGAUGCCGACCAGGAUGCCGGAAAGGAUGUCAGAAGGAAUCCCAGAAGGGAUGUCAGAAAGGAUGCCAGGAAGGACGCCGAACAGGAUGCCGAACAGAAUGCCAAACAAGUUGCAGAAUCCAAGACGAUCAAUAAGCACCCCGACGCUUCUCUGGCCCAUCUCUCUGCUCGUGCCCCUGGUAUCAUUAUCGAGGUCGCGCACUCUCAGCGGGCGACAGACCUUCCCAUACUUGCCGAAGAACUUAUCAGGGGUUCUCGGGGGAAGAUUCGAUGUGUUGUCGGCUUUAAACUUCCAUAUCCAACGGGAAAACAGGCCACGGUAUCAGUAUGGCGAGCAAAGUUCACUCCCUCGGGUGAUGGUAGGAUGAAGCUGGCCGUGGAGGACCUAGUGAAAGAAGAGGUUUUUCGCGACAACAAUGGUCUUCCAAACACACAAUCAUCAGGUCUCUGUCUCUCCCUUGCGUACCUGGCACCGACGAGGUCGAUAGCUGAACAGAUAAACGACCUACCUGAGCACGUCACGCAAAUCAGGAUCUCGGCGGCAAAGCUCUGCGAAUAUUUCAACAAGGCGCAAAAUUACGAAAAAACUGUCGCGCUUGACUCCUCUGACGAAAUGGAGCUGGACCUUGAACCGCCAAAACACCCUCGACAUCCCUCUCCGGAGGAAGUCUCCGACGAGCGGUUGAGACAAUUCGAGGAAGAGGAGGAAAGGGAAGACCUGCGACAGGAACAGGGGGAUUCAGACUACAUGGAUGGCUAAUUUCAGUGCUUGAGCAUCGCUGGACGCGUUUCCAUCCACUAGAGGGCAGUGAUCGUUGACCAAGAGGGUGGACAAAGUUCAUGAGUUGGUGGGGAUCUGAUAUGUGGCAACCCUGUACUUGUAGUCUCCCGGAGGAGGGAGGAAUAUGUUCUCCAUGCCCUUAGGCGCCUUGCAAAAGGUCUGAACACUGGGCUCGUGGCUAUGUUCAUA